AUGUCAGAAUUUAAAAUUAUGUCAAAAAUUAAUAGUUCACCAUCUAAAGAAUAUGAGUCUAACAGCACAGAUAAAUUAGCUCUUUCCGCACAAUUAUACACAGAAAACGAUUACAUUCGUAAAGAAGAACAUGAGUCUAACAGCAUAUCAGUUCAAGAUAAAUUAGCUCUUGCCGCGCAAUUAUACACAGAAAACAAUUACGUUCGUAGUUUGAACUUUUUAAACCAAAUUAUUGAAGAAAUUAGAGAUGAUAAGCAAAGGAGAGUGGCCGAACAUUAUAUUACUCUAUGCAAAAAUAAGCUAAAAGAAAAAUAA